GACCAUCACAAUGGGCGAUUUUGGUACGCCUCAACCUGUUAGCUUUCGUCGUGCCCUCACGGAUCUAACCUCGGAGGCCGACCCCUCUAGCUCAAGGAGAUUCGUAGUUGCGCUGGACUUUGGGACCACGUUCUCUGCGAAUCGAGUCGAUGUUCCCACGCAGUGUCUUUAUCCCAGAGGAACACCACAUCGUGACCCUAUCACGCAUCUGAUGAUGACUUACGAUGGUACAGAGUCAACAAACAAUUAUGAAGGAUCCAGAGGUAGAGACGUCGAAGGAAUUACCGAUAACCUCGGAGGAUACACUAUGAGCGAUGACAAUGAACUCGAUUUUAUGGACAUAGAUACGCAACUUGGGGAUUAUUACUGGGGGUAUGAAGUGCACAAGAUAGUGCGAGAACUUGAUGAUGAAGACGAGAGGCGUGCACAGGGAAUUCACCGGUUCAAGCUCCUCCUUGACACGAGCGAGCUGACUAGUAACGUACGGAAGGAGCUCAUACCCACACUUGAUAUGCUCCAGGAAAAAAACAUAAUCAGUGACAAACGGGAAACUGACAUCAUUGCUGAUUAUCUCAAAAGACUGUUCGACCACACCAAGGUCAAGAUGAGGGAAAAACACCUAUAUACGGAGGGCGAGACGGUUGAGUUUGUUUUAUGUAUCCCGGCGAUCUGGACACGAAAGGCCUGUCGGAAAAUGCAGAUGGCGAUGACAGCUGCCUUGCACAGGACUGGCUUCAUCACGGAACAGUUUCACGACGUGGAUAACCUCUUCAUUGUUCAUGAGCCUGAAGCCGCAGCAGCAUACGUUUUAGCUCAAACAAAGGAUAUAACGAUAACGGCUGGCGAAUCUUUUGUCCUCCUCGACGCCGGUGGCGGGACUGUCGAUGCUGUCACGUACAAAGUAACAUCUGAUAUACCUCUGAGAUUAGCAAGAGAAGCCGUAGCCCCUGGCGGGGAUCUGUGUGGCUCCAGUUAUUUAAACGAGGCAUUUGAGAACUUGGUAAAGAGCCGCCUUCAGGGGGAAGACUACCUGCAGAACGUGCAAAUGAAAAUCGACACCAUGAUGGAGGAAUUUGAAAAUAAUAUUAAACGGAAUUUCGAUCCGAGCAGACAGCACUGGUGGCAUUAUUUCCGGGUCGAUGGCUUGUUGGAAAACAAAAAGAAACGAUUUACAAAACAUCGAAUGUAUAUCGAUCGAUAUGAUAUGGAGCAAGUCUUUAAAGACUGCUUGGAACGAACGUCACGUCUGAUGCUGGGUCAAAUUGAAGAGGCUCAAAACAGGGGAAUUACUGCCACAAAAGUGUUAUUGAUUGGAGGUUUCGCAGCAUCUCCGGCGCUUGUUCAACACCUCAAGGCUGACCUCGAUCAAUAUUCCCGGAAUGUGAAUAGAGCAAUACAGCUUCUCCUACCCCCAAGCGUUUCUUGUACCGCUGUCGCAUCAGGAGCUAUCCUGCGAGCCCUUCGAAAGGAAGACGGCCCGGCACGAGCGAUCUUCUCCAGCUAUGGGGUUAUGCGGGCAGAGCCCUACGAUAGAGACAAUAAAGCUCAUGUCGAGCAAGUUAAGAAGCGCACGUAUGAUGCGCAUGAUAAAAAUCCAUAUAUAAAGAAGACCAUAACCUGGUUUGCAAACAGAGGGGAUGUCCUUGAACCUAGAUCGGAGUUUGUAUUUCCCGUGAGUCAUACCUUUCCAACAAGCCGGAAAGAACUUGUCUGUCAGGAGAUUCUUUAUGUAUCCGAUCGGAACCACAGGAGCAGCUACAGAGUGGACCACGAGGAAAACGAAGGAGUGGAGGAGGCAGGCAGAAUAGUUGUGGACAUGACAUAUCUAAAAGAUGAAGGCCAUAUUGUUCCUAUUAGGCCUCCUGGAGGGAAUAGACAUUAUUUGAUUGAGUUUGACCUUGUUGUCAUCGUGGACGGUCGAAACCUGCAGUUCGAAGCUCGCUAUCCCCGUGGGUCAACAGGUGAGGAUAGCAUACAAGAAAGAGGACGAAUUUGCAUUGCGGCGGCUUUCAUACAGGACGUUUAGUAAUCGCGCAUUAUCGAAGAACUGGUUUUACAGGGGAUGCUCCCAACGGUUGAGAAAUAUGCAUCAAGUUCCUCGAAUCUUGGUUGCAUGCACCCCGCGUACAUUUCCCUUACAUCUAGCGAAGUUUUUGAACUAUUAAACAUAUAUUAACUCAUAGGCUUGAACUAGAAACUGACCAUUAGGGGUCAGCCAAGUUCAUCAUAUUAUGCACCUUAUUCU